ACUCCAAUCAUUUGACCUGGCUGCGACUCAACAUGGUGAAUAGGCCUCCAAAAAUUUAAGGGCCAUUCUCGCGGUCGGCGUGACGUCACUAUGGACUUUUAACAUUAACACACAGGGCAAAUUUACCCUGCAUCUCCCAUGAUCUAUCGUUACGGCACUGCAACUGCGCAAGCGCGCAAACAGAUUUCGGACUUCAUUUCCCUGUAAAAAAAAUCCUCCGAAGCUUCUGAUGAGAAAAGAAAAAAGAAAAAAGAUUCCUGCUCAGGCUUAUACAAUGAAUUAGAAACCAACAAAAAUAUCAAUUAUGGUAUAAAACGUGAAAUUUAGGCAAAAAAAUGUACAGAAGUUUCUGCGUGUUCGACUGCGAGAAUGAAGGCCAAGGGGUCGUAAUGCCUAGGCCUAACGUUAGGCCUGUUUGUUUUUGAAUCAAGCCUUUGAGGUAAAUGAUUCUUUGAUGCAAAUUCUUCUUUUUCAAUUAAAUUUUCUGUUGAGAGUAGCUGUGAGGUACCCCCAGAAUUGUGGGGUUUGACAUCCGUCCCAAUGGUCGUGCGCGACAGACAUUGAACCCCACAGUUCUUGGGGGUAGAUGGAACCUAGCCUGUUGCUCUUGAAAGCAGUUACAAAUAUGGUAGUAUCAGCCCAUGAGACCAAAUGGACCAAACAACAUGAAUAUGUGGAAAAGCUCAAUAUGCAAGCGGUUCUUCAUGCCUCGGCCAAUGAAGAUGAAUACAUCAAAGAAUUACUGAUUCAACAUGAGAAGAUCCCUGUUCUGAUCAGUGAUCUGAUCUGCUCUGAGAUAUGGCAACAGAAAGUCUUCUCUAUCAUUAAGAGGAUGGAUUUUGAGCCUCAUACCACCAUUCCACUCUACAUUAGUCUCUACCAUGAAGCUACACUUGUCAAUCUCCUAGAGACAAUACUCUAUCACAAGGAACCUUGUGAAGCAGCUGCAGAUUGUAUCCUAGAUAUGAUUGAUUACUGCUACAGGAAGAUCACCUACCUCAUUGCAAGACAAGAAUCUGGAGAAGAAGAAGAAGAAGCCACGCCCACAAAAACAUCCAGCAUUGAGGAGGAAAGAGGAAUGGAGGAGUUGAAGAAGCAGGACAGGAAAUUACAGUUUGACAUUAGCAUUAAAGCUGUGUCAAUUCUGAGAUACAUAACCGAUCACAUUGCUGAAUUAUCAUUGAGUGUUACCAGCAGGAUUCUGAACACAAAUGACUUCCCUUGCUUACUAGUACAACUCAUAGAAAACCCUCCAUGGACAAAAUACAGAAAUGGGGUUUUGAAAAAGUUUAUUGAUGGUAAGUGGCAUACUGUACCCUCCAAGGAAAGGAUGAGGUUGACCAAGAUUGAAGGACAGGUCUGGAUCGCCCUCUUCAACCUGUUGUUGGGACCGACGUGCCAGGAGAAAUAUGAGUUUAACAGUCACAAUAAAGCCCAGAUACUCAAGUUGAGGGCCCAUCUCUCAGAGGUUAUCCUAGACCAGAUCCCAAGUCUGUGUGACCUCCAACGAUAUCUCAGCCACCUAUCUAUGAUGGAUCCACCUUCCUCAAAGACGGGACUGGUUCUAGAACAAGUUCCUGAAGUAUGGGAAGGCAUCUUGAGAGCCAAUGAGGGUAAAUGGGCAGCCAUUGCCAAGCACCAAGUCAAAACGGUCUUCAACCCAUCAGCAGCAGCCAUUAGGGAACAGGCAAGAAGGUUUGCUGAGACCUAUAGCCUUGAUGUGUUAGAGAAUCUUAUCACUGAACCUCCCAAGUGUGCUGUGUGUGGUGAGCCUGCUACAAAACGCUGUUCACGUUGCCAGAAUGAAUGGUAUUGCAGAAGGGAAUGUCAGGUUCAACAUUGGUCUAAACACAAGCAAGCAUGUCAGCUAAUAACAGCAUCACAUACUAUCAAGACAAAUGACAAGACAUCGUAGCAAAGCAGAUCUGAUUGGAGAGAAGGAAAGAUGGAUCAUACUCUCCAAACUUGAUUACUUAUGAAAUGAGUAUUUUGUGAUAUGAAUGUACUAAGCUGUAAGGUGAUAUGUAGAUAUGGACAGUGGAAAGACACAGCAAGAAGUCUUUAUUGUGAUGAUGAGAAAACAGACGUCUUACAUUCCCACUACCAUAAGAAAUAGCAGUGAGACAAGACCGAAGCACAACCAGACUUCACUUGUUUGUUUGAUGCAGAUCCAGAUUACGAUUAGUGAUCUGACCUUGGUUCAGGCUGACACCCAAACUUACCCAGUGGAUGGCACUAAUUAGCAUCUGGACUGCUGAUCAAGAUCGAGAUCAGUGUGAAACAGACAUGAAAAGAAUUUGACAUCUUGAAAACCAUAGAGCAUCAUGUUCUUGUACCAAAUAUGAAGCAACAAACUCUAAACCUCCGUUGAUUUUUGUAGAAGACAAUGUCAGGGGCAGACCCAGCGGAAAAGAUGCAAUGUGUGCCCUGCCCCUUUGUUAUACCAUAAAUGUACAUGUACUCGAGAGGGGGAUGCAUACGCCUAAGUGCGUGAUAAUGAACGGCUGGUUUUAAGUAGAUGGAAACAUACUGAUGUUAAUAUUCCGUUGUAUGUAAAUAUCUUUGCAUUAACCCUCUUUAUGGGAUUGCAUCACUGUUUGUCAGACUGUCCCACAAUCCUUGCAAACUAUUUUGUAGUUUUUUUAUUGGCACCACAAUGGAUGCGACUCAAGCCUACUUAGUUUAAAGCAAAAUCUAAUUUUGUUUUGAACAUUUGUUGAACAGCCUUUAAUAUUUUUGUUAGCCAA